AUGGCCAUGGGGGGGCCGCGCUGGGGCUGGGGGUCCUGGGGCGGGGGUACAUCCAGGGGAGCUCCCAGACUCUCUGAGCUCAGGCCCUGGCUGAGUGGAGGGGUUGCUGGGACAAUAGCAGGUGGAGGUAGUACCGUUGGAGGAGGCGGAGCGGAGAAAGGAAGCAGGGUGAGAUGUUCCCGCAGAAUCUGGGUUCUCCUUGGGUCGCUGGUUCUCGUCUUUCUCACUUCACUCUUCUUCUCCGUCUCACUCCGCGGGGGCGUCACCUUCAACUAUCUGGAGCCACCUGGAUGGGAAGAGUCGAGGCGAGUGAAGCUAGUGCCCAGCUACGUGGGCGCACACCGCCUGUCAUCCUCUGACACCUCGCAGCAGAAGACAUGUGCCUGCCCGCGCUGUGUUGGAGACCCUGGCGUUUCUGAUUGGUUCGAUGAGAACUACGACCCAGAUAUCUCACCUGUGUGGACCAGAGACAACAUCCAGCUGCCCUCUGAUGUCUACUACUGGUGGGUGCACAGGCAUGUGGAGGUAAACCUGCAAGGAAAGAAGGCUGCUGGUGUUAGCACCGCCAACGUUAGCCAUAUUCGGAUAAAUCUGGCCCCCACAGUGGGCUUUGAGGAAGACGCAGGCAGCCAUACCACUCACCACUUCAUGUACCCGGAGAGUGCCAAAAACCUGGCUGCCAACGUCAGCUUCGUCCUGGUUCCUUUCAAAACACUGGAUCUUGUUUGGAUCACAAGUGCUCUGUCCACCGGCCAGAUUCGAUUUACCUAUGCACCAGUGAAGCAGUUCCUCCGUGUAGAUAAAGACAAGGUCCAGAUCUUUAACCCAGCAUUCUUUAAAUACAUCCACGACCGCUGGACCCGACAUCAUGGGCGCUACCCCUCCACUGGCAUGCUAGUGCUUUUCUUUGCCCUUCAUGUCUGUGAUGAGGUGAAUGUGUUUGGUUUCGGGGCAGACAGCCGGGGAAACUGGCACCACUACUGGGAACAGAACCGCUACUCCGGAGAGUUCAGGAAGACUGGCGUCCAUGAUGCUGACUAUGAAGCCCAGAUCAUUCAGCGGCUGGCCAAGGCCGGCAAAAUCACUGUAUUCCCUGGGAAAUAACCAGCAAAUCAUCCUAUGUAUAUCUAAGGUUACAUGUUAGAAAACUGGUUUGGCAACAGACAAUGUAGAGGCUGUGUAGAAUGUGUUAGAUAUUCUCGCUUUCACUUAUCUGCGAUAGUUUGGGUUCCCAGUUUGAGUAAACCAAAUUCUUACUGAAGGCAAGACGAAAUAGUCACAAAUGUGAUUAUUCACAUGAAGUGAACUGCUACCAGAAAGUAUUAAUCCUUUGGUAAAUAGCCCACCAGUCUUGGCUCUGAUUGGAGAACAUAGCGUAGACUCUUAGGAACCAGGAACAGGGAACAUGUAGAUCCAUAUGUAGUUCUGCUCACUUAGGACUGACCGAAAAGUGGGAUUUGAGCCUUAAAUUAGACUGUGAAGUAACUGGCUCAAGAUUUCACCUCUAAUGGCCAGCAUUAGGAGUGAAAGACAAGCUCACUGAACUUUCCCAGUGCAGUUUCAACACAAAUACCGACUUUGACUGUGUACAGCACUGACACAGCCGAAAGGGAAAGAUCUCACAAAUAAAAUAUCGCACUUUUGGACUCAAUCCAGUGGAAAUGUUCACCUUGGAUGAGUAUUUAAUCCUCAUUUAUUGACAAAAAUACCAGUAUGCUACAUCAUGAAAAUACCACAGAAACAGCACCAUUAGCAUCUAGGUGGCUAUUGUUCUAAAGCCAUGUGGUGUUUGACAGCAAACUUAUCGUUCAUCUUCACCUUUUAAGCUGUGGAUGGUGGCAAACACCAGGAACUGCAGGCCUUUAGACAAGAUUAAGGCUACGGACACAAACUGUGGCGCUAUCAAAAGUCAUUGUACUGUCAAACAUUUUGAGGGCACCAGGACUACUUCUGCAGCUCGAACAGAACCCUGGACAAGUUUUCUUUUGCCCUCACUUGAGGAAGAAUUGUUGUCCUCACCUCAUAUACAAGGUAAAACUUCUCUUGUGACUUUACACUGUCAUAUCUCCACUUUAUGCAAUUUCUGCCUCAGAAGACAGUGUUACAAGGACUUUUUCUGACAGUGAUGGGCUGUAAACAGUUGUGUAUAAGAUGAUAGAUGAUUGCCAUGGGUUUGUAGCAUAUGACUAUCCACUAAACCCCCAGGUCCUUACCAGGCUUAGCAAGGUUUCAGCACCUUACAGAAGAUCCACGGAAACACAAUCAAGACUUUUGUAUUUCGGCUCUCCUGACUCACAAAGAACACUGCAGCAGUAGUAUGAGCUUCAGCUUCUGUAGCCUGAUUUUAAAUGCCACAGCAACCACUGGACCAGCUACAGUCUUUAUUCACAUCCAGACACAGAGUGAAAUGUUCUGGGAGAGUUUUGGUUGGACUGCGUGAGAUUCUAAUGAGGCCAAAAGUCCAUCUCCUGGAAUUUCAUGUUUGGAUGGAGGCACGCUGGUUUCUGGACCAGAGUUUAAUCCCUGUGGUCCAUCAGGGUCUAAUUUGGUAGAGGACGACUGGAGACAGAGAGCUGAGGCAUAAAGAACCAGUCUGACAUAGCCAGCAUGAGAAACGGAUAAUUUGCUCCAGUGUUUUAUAGGAUGAAAAUAAAAAGUUGGUUCAGUGUUGUUUAUCUGCAUCAACUUCACACUUCUACACAAACUGUACUGGGUUCACCACUUUGGUUUUGAAAGGACUGACACAAAAAACCCUGCUUCUUUUCCCUUUUGCCAAUCUAACACUCCAACCUGACUCCUGGAUCCCAGUGACCUUAGGGACUGUCUGGAGCAUUUUGCCCGAUAUUAAGGCCAAUAUGAUGGGGUGAAAGAUAACUCGGGAUCUAGGAACUUCUUAACUUGUCAGCAGCUCAGCUUCAUUAACCACUAGCCCUGGUCGCUGCUCAGCCAAUUAAAAACUUCAGCUAUGUCUGGAGGGGGUAUUGCCACCAGACGCCUUAGACUUCACCUCUGUACAGGAUAAACUGCACUUCCUGUUCUGAUUUUCAUGAUGAUGGCAUAUCCUCCUGCAGACUGCAGAUUUCAUUUGUUAGUUUUGUCCUGUUUAGUGUUGAGUUUACACGCUUGAUUAAUACUGUUGGAUCAGAUUAUAUUUUCUUUUCCAUCCAGGUGGCACACUAAUGGUUUCUGUCAUCAUUUGGCAUCAUCAAGUAAUUCCCAUUUAUACAUUUAUAGCCUCCAUAGUUAGUUAUGUACAUCUUUAACAAGGAGACAUAAAUAAAUACUAGUCAAUGAAGUGCUGCUAGACGGUAUGAAAAAAACAAUCCAAUGGAAAAAUUAGACUGUUCCACAGAGAGGCAGGAAGAUAAAAAUAUUUAGUUUUAGCUGAGGCUGUAAAUCAGUCUAACGAUGGAUUGACGGAGAUGUGUUUAUCAAGAAACAGCUACUGGCUGCUAAGGAAAAGUAUUCAGGAUUCCUAUAUUCCUGUAGGUCCUAUGUAGGUCUGGAAAAGAAGUUAAUGUCUUUCAAAGUGCAAUGAGUAAUCAGUUUACUGCCCCUUUACAAUAAAAACUCUGAGAAUUUUGGCUUUUAAAACUUACUUUAUGUAUUUCAGUUACAGGCUACUUAAAGUAAUAGUAGUCAAGACACAAGUCAUAGUUUACUUAUGCCCCUGAAAACUUGGAUUCAAAAAAAAUAUUUAUGACUAAGUAACAUUAAAAGUUAAAGGUGCUCUGUGGAGUUUUUGAUGACUAGUAAGGCUACGGAGGAAUCUUUUUUACUUGCGGGUCCUCAUUGUGUACAAGCAUAAACAAAACGGGAGGAAGUGCUUUCAUACUUUCCCACUUAUCUAUAGGUGUCAGCAAUGUGCCGACAAAGGCAGGGACAAAGAACACUGCUUGCAUGUAAACAUGGAUGUAAACAUGCAGGAUAUAAAUGUCAUAAAAACAUAGCUUUGCAAAUGUUUUAUGAGGAAGGAUAUACUCGUUUUGUUAGACCUAAAGGACACACACUCCACAGGGCACCUUUAAGUUUGGAAAAAAACAUCUUUAAAAACUCAGCUAAUCUGUUUCACCAGGACUGUGUGGAUGUGGUUUUAUCAGAUUUGAUUGACAGUGGCCUGGUUACACAGAAAAAACAUUCCACUGACUUACCAGAUUUUGAUUCAAAUAUAGCAUUAUUAUUUAUAUAUUUAUUUUAUAUUUAUUUAUAUUUCCAUACACUUUAGUGCAUGGAAAUAUGUGACAUCACAAUUUUCCAGCUGAGCCCUGCCCACUUCUAACAAAUGUGAAGAACAAAGAUUAAAAAAAAAAACAUCAAAACAAAAUAAAUACACAAAUCUCUCAACUGGGAUACUCCAAGCUUUUGAAAACUGUCUCACAUUAAAAAGCAGUUUCAGAAAACAUUUUAGGGCCUUUAAGGCUGCUUUAAAAACUAUAUGAAAAUCAUACCAGUUACAGCUAAGAUUUACCAGAACUUCACCAAUAUUUUUUAUUCUCAGAAGGAGUCAGUGUAUUGCUCUAGUGACUCAUAGUGUGUAAUACAGUGAGUGAAAAAAAAACUGCCACCUCCAAAAUGGUCAGGAUGAUAGGUAGAUUUGUAUAGAAGCUGUGUAGGAACUGAGAGUGCCAACCACUGCAGCAGAUGGUAAUUCUUGUCAAAGGACACCUGUGUAUGCGUGAAAACAGAGGACAUAGUUGAGUCUGACAUUAAAAGUUGAGCGAUAUAACCACAUGACAUCGUGAAGCUAGUUCUUGUUAAGUGUUCUGAGUUUUACAUCACUUCUGUUGAGGGAUGAUUGAAGGUAGACACACACAUACACACACACACACACACACACACAUAGUGAAGUGUGUUGGGGUUAUCAUACUGCCCCCAGCAGGUGAUGGGAAGAACUGUGCCGCCUGUGCUGAUAUCGGUUCUGUUGCUGUAUUAUUGUAUUAUCUUUGGAUGGUAUCUUGUAACCACAUAUCACACAUGUAUUGCCAUUGUACUUUCUGCUGUCAGUGUUUUUUUCCUAGUUUGCACAUAACAGAUUUUAUGGGAUGCUUUAGUGUUGCACUGGGCUCAUUUUAAGAGUCACUGUGGCUGAAUCUAGUCAUAUUUUUUGUUUGUCUCUCCCUCUCUUUCUCACACACACACACACACACACAUUCAUGCUUUUGUGCCUUGUCCUUCAGCUUGACGUCACUCGCCUACAGCUGCUCCAUCGGCAACACACACCUGCCACCUUUGCAUUUUUUUAGUAACACACACACGUCCUCUGGCUGAGAGCCGUGCCUUGUGAGCUGUAUACACACACAUACACUUACAUGAAAUUACACACUCUGCCUUCUGCUUGGGGUACACUUGCCUCCCGCUCUUUAUUUCUUACUGCUUUGUACACUGACAUUGUUUUUUUAAGGCCACUGUAGGCUAAAUGAGAGGAUGUGCUGUGAAUUCAUAUUAGGUCAUUUAUUACCUUUUUCUGAACAUAAACUGAAUGCUUUGGGGGCAUGAACUAUUCAGUGACAGUAGAACAAUGGAUGGUGAAGAUGACAAAGCAUCUAAAGGUUUAGACAUAUCAGUUCAGUGUUUUCUUUUAGUUGUUAGCUAUCAUGGUUUGUUUCCUAAGAUGCUCCUUCCAGCUUCAAAAUUAAUGUGUAAAUUGUUUUUGGAGAUAACAUUUUACCAGGACAUUUUUGGGCUCUCCAGCGGUAGAAUAACACGUUCCUAUCACAUUCACUGACUGAAAUGGGUAUAAAAGUCUUUAUACCCAUUUAUAUGGUCGACCAGGCCAGAAAAUUUUGAUCAGAUAGAUAGGGGGAGCAGGGUGAUCCCUCUAUGCUGUGCCAGCCUAAAUUAGAGUGGAGUUUUUUUCCACCCACAGCACAUGACACAGAUCUGAGUGUGUUCCCUGUAGCAUUUAUAACCGCAAGUAGGUCUUUUCUCCUGUCACUGACCGAAUACACUGAUUUUUUUUUUUUUUUUUUUCCUCCUCCAAAAUUGAUUCUUAUCUCUGAAAAUGUAUGGAGCACCGGUUUUUCAGGUCAAGUUCUGUGCUGUAGCUGUGUAAGGAACAUCAAUCAAAAAUAAAAGAGCUGCGUAGGUUGAGAGCAUUUUGGGAAACAUGGACCUUUUUUUUCCCUUUUUUUCCAGACAGGUGACUGUCAGAUGUCCAGGGAGCAGCAAGUUUUCUCAGGUGAAAUUUGAAUGUGUGAUUCAGUCCUCUGAUAACAUUGAGAGAAGUGUAGCUGAAUUAAGUGGUGAGUUUCUGUUAAGAGUUUAAAAUGAACUGAUUUCCUUUAAAGGUGCAUUUUUUUUUUUUUUUUAAUUUCAGGCCAGACUCCUUAAAACAUCCCUGCACUAAAUCAUCUUUGUUCUACUUUGCUAUCAGUGGAGUCCAGGUUCCCUUUACAUCCAGUACAAUUAUUACACCAUUUUGUCUCAAACUUUAUGUGCUGAGGCUACAUAGCCAACGUAAACAUUAACAGCUGUUUACUUACCUAACAGCACCAAACUGCGUUCCUUUACUUGCCAAGAGUGUAAAGCACUGCCAGUGUUAACUCUUGUUUUGCUUCUAUUACUAUCACUUCUUUUAUUCUACUAAAGAUAGAAUGCUAACCAGCUAGCCCCGGCCUGUCCCGUCUCGUAAUGCCACUUUGCAACAGUGAGUCAAUGUAGUGUCCAGUCUGCCCUCAGUCCAACAUUAGCGGAUGAUGCAGUAGCACUGCCAAGAGGGUGUAUUCUAACAUUUUGUCUUGUAAACGUAAGAAUGGCUGAAGCUCCUGGUAAGUAAACAGCUGUUAAUGCUAACAUAGUGAUAGCAAAAAUGUACAUAUAGCACCUUUAAAUGUAUUUUUUUUGUGUGGGGUAAUUAAACAGAAUGAGUGUGGAAAUGAACACAAUCUUAAAGCACACCUGUUCAGCUAGGAAAAAAAAUGGUUGUUUUUAUGUCAGAGGGAGAAUGUGCCUAUAGCAUCUAAAUCCCUUACAUGAAUCUGCUUUUAAGGGAGUAGAUUGACUUUUUGGGAAAUACAUUGAUUCAAUUUUUUUUGCUAAGAGUAAGAUGAGAAGACUGAUAGCACUCUCAUGGCUGUGUGUUUAAUACUGCAUAAGGCUACAGACAGUUAGCAUAGCUUAGCAUAAAGACUGGAAACAGACGCUAGCCUGGCUCUGUCCAAACGUUACUGCUCCUGGCCAAGAAAUAAUCUGGCACAUACCACAAAUUGUUUUUUUAAACUUUGAUUUUAGUACAGAUUGAAUAACCAAGAUCUGUUAAUCAGUGAGCUGUGGAGGCACUGGUGGAUGGAUUCUGUUACCUUUGGACAGAGUCAGGUUAGCUGAGCUAAGCUAACCUUCUCCUAGCUAUAGCUCCAUAUUUAGCACACAGAUAAGGGAAUGGUAUCAAUGUAAAACUCUACAAGAAAGUGAACAAGCGCAUUUACCAGAAUGUGAAACUAUAUCCUUUAGCUGCAAUGCUGAGGGCCAAUUGGAUAGUUUUUUUUUUUAUUGAUGUUCUUCAGGCUUUAUUACUCUAAAAUAUUAAUCAGAACCUCAUUACUGAGUUCGAGUUAACAUGGAAUCAGAAAAUUGGGUCCAUUUGUGGUUGUCUGGCAUGGCAGAAAAAAAUCAAGGCAGUGUCUCCCAGCUUAAGAAAUAGAAUCUGUGCCAGAAAAAAGGGAAUCACAGCUCUUGUGUCUUGAAAAGUACUUUAAUACCACUCUCAUCCCCUCAGCCUCUGUCUUUCCAUUUUCUACAGUAAAGCUUGGUGGUGUUCUGAGGUAAUAGACAAUAGCUUUCUGCAUCAGGGACAGAAAUUUCCCUGUCUGUUAGAGAAAGAGCUUAAAGGAACAAAUACAUCACGAUCAAAACACUGCUGGUACGGGCUGUUGGCAUUAUCACAUUGCCUGCGACUGUUUCUAGCGUGCUGUGAUGUUUGAGGCUGAGGUGAGAACAGCCACAGGCAGCUCUUUCCUCAUCAGUUCACUAGUCUGCAUUGAGCAGAAACGGCUCUUUAGCAGCAGUCAGUGUGCUACUACAAUGUGCUGCAGACUGCACAUAUCAGCUGUCUCUGUGGACUGUAACGCCAACACGCAUACCUCUGUCAGCUAUUUUGCUAGUCCUCCACAAUAACUAGGACAAAAUACUGGAUUUAGCAAGCAGGAUUAAAAGCUGCUUAGUGAACAGCGAAUUUACAGGUGGCUCAGAUGAAACAAAUACUGUAGGUUAUUUCAAGGAAUCUAGAGAGUUUAUUGUCUCAGUUUGUAUUGGUGAAUUCUUUCCUGGUGUCUGGAUCUGUCAUUAUCUAGUUCUGACUUUAAUGUCUCAUUCUUCAGGAGAACUACCUUUUGGACAAGGCAGUACACGUGUAUUUACUACAUUGUAACAUCUGUAUGAUAUGUGAUCAGACUCUUUGUAUCUUAUG